AGUUUCGUAUACUGUGUGGCAUGAUGUAGCCCCGUGCACAAAUUGUGGUGAAAAUGUUGAUUUGGUUUUCCUCCAUUUUCACUGCGUUGACGCAAAGGCAGCCAGUUGCACUCGCUUGCUUCUAGAGUGUGGCCACACCGAGUGGCUGUGCAGUUGUCUGGUUUUAUCACCCACAACUGGGUGUGACUGUUUUCGGCAUUUUUUCUUGUGUUUCUGCACUAACAAGUGGUUCACCACUUGUUGGAUCCUUGGGUGCGUUUCAACAAUGUCGUUGAAGCGCAAUGCCAUCAUUUUCCUCACCCUUCUCAUUGCGGUGGUUCCGCGGUCGGCUAACGCCUACAUGUCAUCAUCCGUGAAGGACCACUUCUUCUCCGACGCCCUCCUGCGUGAGCUGGUGGAUCGUAUGGGCAAGGAUUUGGCAGAUGCUGCUGAUUCCUACAUCGACCCAUUGCCCGUCAACGACCAGCUGGCCCUCAUGGCGCGCGCCUCGAAGGAUCUGGAGGCUGAGCAAAUGGACUACGAUGCCCUCCUCGAGGGCAAUCCGAGUCCAUCGCUCCGUGACCAGGAGUACCUUCAGCACAGCACCCUCUGGGGGCACCAGUACAUGUCUGGUGGCGCCGGCGAAGGUCCCCACCGUGUGAAGCCUCAAGUGAAGACCGAUGCAACCCUACCGGCGUACUGCAACCCACCCAACCCCUGCCCAGUGGGCUACACCGAAGAGCAAGGCUGCCAGGUGGAUUUUGAGAAUACAGCAGCCUUCAGCCGUGAAUACCAGGCUGCCCAGGAGUGCAUGUGCGAUGGUGAGCAUAUGUUCGACUGCCCCGGACAGGAUCAGGGUGAGCAGAAUCGGCAGAUGGAUUCGGACAUUGAGAGUUUCCUGGCACAGCAAUUCCACACGCAGGAGCACAAGAAUUUGGUGGCAAAGAAAUUCCACAGCAAGAAGUCUUACAACCCCUAUUUGGAGGGUGAAAAGCUCCCAAUUGCUGCAAAGAAGGGAAACGUGAUGGUUUACUAAAAAUACAAAAAAGGACGACCUGGCGACGAACUAUGGCUAUAGUCUAAUGGUACAAUCAGCGGUAGAAUUAAACCCUUAAUCCACAGGACAAGUAAAAAAUCUACUAAACCAAAAACAACACUAAACUAUGGUAACGACUUGUGCAAUAUUCAAAUGGACAAGAUGAUGUUAUUAAGAAAUCCCAAUGGAAAAAUAAUUUAAAUAAAAAUUAAUUAGUAGAUUAAACAGACUAUAUUAUGAUAAUGAAAAAAAACAUAUAAGAAUUAGGAUAUAGUGUUACAUAAAUAUAGAUGCAUUGUUUAAAUGUAAACGCAGCCAAUAUUUGAAGACCUCCUGUAUUAUGUACGUCGAAAAAUUAUUGUCUCUGAAUAAGAUGCUGAAUAGAGGUCACAAUUCCACUAAAAAAAUGAUAAAUUAUGACACUUAAUACAUAGCAAGUACAUAAGGAUAAAUAUGUUAUGCACUAUGCAAGACACAUAGUUACUAUAUGUAUGUCAAACACAUAAACAUGGAGAAUAGAUUAUUUGUAAAAAUAAAUAAAUAAAAAAAACAUCAACAGUGAGGAACAAAAACACAAAAGAGAAAACAUCUUUAUAAAGCAAAAAAAAAACAAGGAUUAUUGUCAUAGGUAUUAUAAGGAAAAAAAAAUGGUUAAAGAUGGAAGGUUUGAACGAUUUAGAAUGAAUGCGAAGUGAGUUUUAUUAAAUGAAAAAAAAAAUACAAAUUUGCUUUAUUGUUGUUUAGAAGAAAAAAAAAAACCAACACAAAAAACUUUUAAAAUUUGAGAACCAUACAAGGCAUGAGGUUAAUCUUUAUAUGUAAUAAGCUUUUAUGAAAACCCUGUGAAAUUUACAUGUUAUUGAAUUAAAUGUAUUUUAAACGCACCUUAAACUCUAUUAUAUGUGUCUAAAAAAAACCAGCAAGGCAUAUGCGAAAUGAUGCAACAAAAGCAUGCAAUUUGUUGCAGUUUGUGAAGAGACUUGUGUAGCUAAAUGAAAAUCAGAGGAAAGUCUAUCAGCAAGAAAGUAUAUCUUACAUAGUAUUUUAUGUGUAGUUGAGAGGCAUUUUGUAGUAAAAUAUAAGCCUCCAUAGAAUUUCCUUCCUUUUGGCUCGACUCGUUGAUUAUGGUCAACGUGCGUGCCAAAGGUAUUUAAAAAAAAAGAAAAACUGAAAAGUAAAAGAGAAGAAAGUGAAAUAAAAAAUGUAGUUUUAAUCAACAUAUCAAGUAAAAAAAGCUGAUAAAUUUUUUUGAUUAUAUCUUUUUAGAUUAUAUAUUUUCCACACACACGACUUAAAGAAAAAAACCAACAAGAAACAUACCAAAAAAAGACAACAAAGGAAUAGUAAAAAAAACUACCUAACAACUAAACACAAUCAUCGAUAUACACACACUUUUCGAACCAACUAAACAAUGACACAAAAAUCACCAUCAAUCAGUCAUUGGAUCCGUUGAAAAACAACAAGAAAAACUAUAUUAAAAGAAAAAAUAAACAUUUUCCUAAAAACGAGUUAUUUAAAAGAAAAAAAAUCAUAUAUACUUUAUGAAUGUAUUGAGAAGAAAGGAUUAUAUUCAAUAUUAUUGAGAUAUAAUAAUAAAUUAAAAAAAAAGAAAUUAAUCUCUAACAUAUGAUAAAGAAAAAAAUAUUAUAAUAUCAUAUAAUGCUUAAUAUAUUACUUACGAUGAGGCAUUUAUUUUAUAUGAAAUAUUCCAAAAAAAAGAGAAAUAUUGUGUAAUAAAUUUUCAGGUAUUUUUAGAACAUAAAAAAGCAGAGAAGUUAAAAAAAAAACGGAGAAAAGUUUGAGGAUAGAAAGAAAAACUUUAUUAGACAACAAGAAGCUUGUGAGAACCAUAUAGGAAGUAAAAAAAGAAAAAUUAGAGAAAAAGUAAAAGCCACUGAAAGAGUAUUUUUAAUGAAAAUGAAGAAAGAAAGAAAAAUUCUGUAAAAAUACUGCAAAAGCCAACCACUAAUGGUUGGAGAAUUUUCAUAAAUUAAGAUCCCCCGUAUGCGUGGCUCGAUUCAAUUGGAUGGUAAACAUCCAAUUGUAGAGACACUACAAGUAUUGUCAUUUGUGGUAUUUAUGUAAAUCUUAUGAUGGGUAGUCGAGUAAUAGAGCAAAAAAAAAGUAUAGAUUCUAAGGCAAUUCAUUGUAAUUGUGACAAUAGUGUAGAAUGAGAAACAUUUUUGCAUGGAAUUUUUUCCAAACAAUUUUCAAAUGGCGACACGCCAAGAAAUUCCACUGCAAAAUAUGUUGUGUUGGUUUUAUUAGAACAAACAUUGUAAGUCAUACACACUGAAAAAAAUAAGAAAUAAAAUUACUGUAAUCAACUUUAAGUCAUAGGCUUACACAAUUAGGUUUAAAAAUGAAGAAAAAAAAGACAGAAAAAAGGAAAUCCACACAAUAAUAUUCAAAAAAAUAUAUAUUUUUCCCAGUUUUUUCAUUUCCCAAAAACUGAAAAUGACAAAACACACAAAGUAUAACGAUCCCCUAAAUUGCUUUAGGAGCUAUAUAUAAUAAAAAAAAUACACAGAAAAAAAUCCAAAAGUAAAAACCAAAGGUUAUAGGAUAUGCAAAAAACAGAGAGUCUUAUAUUGUAACUCCAUUAUAUUUUCAUGUUAUAAAAAAAACUUUUAUUCCCUUAAGAAUUUAUUGUAAUAAUCUUAUUAUUAUGAUAGAAUAUAUAUUCCUAAUCUGCA